GCCCGAACUUUGGUCCCGCGCCCGAAUCGACCAAUCAGCGCGCGCGCCGCGCGUCACGUGGUUCCUCCGCCCCCGUUCACAACUUCCGGUGGCGGUUGUAGUGUCCGGCCAGGACCCUCCAGGACCCCCAAACCCUCCCCGGUACCCCCGAAUUUCCCCCGCCAUGUCUCUAAUCGAGUUCCGCCGGGGCAGGGACCAGGCCGAGCGCUGGAAGGACGGGCAGCUGCAGGAGGAGCCGCCCCCGCCGCCCCCCGACCCCUCCCCGGGCGCUCCCGACCCCGGGGCGGACGCGCGGAGCUUCUACGAGAGCCUGAUCGCUGAGGGGAGCGGCGCGGAGCCCGCCCGGAGCCCCCGCAGAGGAGAAGCGGAGGAGCCGCCCAGCUCCUCUGCCCCUCUCCACUUCUGCCGCAGCUGCGGGACCUCGUUCCGGGACCCCCCUGCGCGGCACCGCCGCUCCACCGCGCACCUGCUGGGGCUGGGGGCUCGGCCCGCGGCCCCCGAGCCGCUGCACAUCCCCCCGUCCAACCCGGGUUACCGCCUGCUGCUGCGGGCCGGAUGGCGCGGCGGCGGCCUGGGCCGGGGCGGCCGCGGGCGGCGGCUGCCGGUACCCACCGAGCUCCGGAGGGACCGGGCCGGGCUGGGCUGGGGGCCGGGACCCCCGGCCCGCGUCACGCACUUCGGC